AUGGAUCUGUGUCUGGAUGGAUUUGAUGAUUUGGGCUUCGAUUGCCUCGGCCCCUCGCGGGGCUGGUCCAUGAAGCGCGGCCACCGCAAGCGAUUGGACGCUGCGAGCUGCCGGAACCCCAAAAAGAUGGGGAAGGCAAGCGAGGAGGUCGGAUUGGGCCGAUCGGCGGCGAAGCGCAGCGUGCACUCUGGCAGCCGUAAUGCAUGGCGGGACCCAGACUAUUUGGGCAAGUAUGGUAGCGACUACCAUCCGCAGACCCGCCGCAACAACUUGAGACGGUGGAUGCGGGAGGCGGUGUGCGAAAGCGAAGAGCUGGAGAGCGACUGGGAGGACAGCCUUGUUCUGUCUUUGGAGCAUGUUGGUUCUUUGGAGGCCAAGUGGGAGGAUCUGGAGGUGGCAUCUGUCUGCUCCUCUACGACAGCAGGCUUCGGCACUGCUUCCACCGCUUCGGACUUUGGCUGGGAGUUCUUGGAGCCAACCACGCCGGCGCCGAGCCGCCCUUGCGCUCCAAAGAUCGACCUCUCCCCGUGGCAGGCGGCCCUGCGCCGGGCGGAGCGAGGGGCCAAGGAGUACGUUGCAAAAGUGGUGAAUGUAGCAGAGGGCAAAGGCAAAGAGUCAGCCGAAAGGCAGGGUGGUAGUCAAAGCCGCCCCAGCCAGAAGGCUGCCCUUAGCAAUGAAGUGAAGUUUCUCGAUGACCUGGGUCGCCUUCAUCGGGCGCGUGUACGUUAUGAUGACGCGAGUUUGAAAGAAGCAGCUCCAGCCUUUGAAAAGCUGCGGUGGGGAUUCUUGAAAGACUUCGGCCCCUCUAUCUGCUCGGCUCUCUCAAGCUGCUACAAUGGAGUCUGGGAUCUGAGGCCUGCACCGAUUGACAGGGAGGUGCAGCGGAUGUUUAUGGAUGCGCGUUUGACAUCCAAGAAGCCGGAUGCACUUCAACCGGCACUGCAUGGGACAAACCAGUCCAAUCUCCGCUCCAUCUAUUCACGCGGCUUGCUGAUUCCUGGGAAUCACAAUGGUCUUAGGGUUGUGAACGGAUCGGCCUAUGGGCCCGGCAUCUACACAGCCUAUGUGCAGAAUGCCAGCAUGUCCAUGAAUUAUUCGCGGGGCCCUCUACGACCAGUGCUCGUUUGUGGUGUGAUUGACGAGAAGAGCGGAGCGACUCAACCCAUGGGUCGCUCAGGAGAUGUGUACUAUACCAGCCACGCUCGCAUCUUCCAGAAGGAGGGGCUGGUGGCGCCCUUGUUCGAGGCGACAUUCUCAGGCCAUGCUACAGCCGGUGCUGUGCUGCUCCCGCCAGUCCGUCCACAUUCUGCGAGACGCUCGGCUCUUCUCCGGGCACGGGCUCUGGAGCUAGACAGGAACAGGAAGCCAAAGGCGGGCUUGAAGGGGCCGCGGACGCGGCUGGAGCCCAAGCCGGCGGCCUCGACCAAGAAUUUCUCCUCUGCGCGGGCUUUCCUGGCCCGACGUGCAGUGCGCAGGACCUUAAAGGUCAUGUUCGUUGGUCGAGGCCGCGCAGGCAAGACGUCGACGUUGAAAUCACUCUGCAACGAGGCCUUCGAUGCCUCGGAAGCCUCAACCCAUGGCGUUGCGGGCGCCGUUUGCACCACGGAGCGGCGAUUCGAGACAACGUCUCCUAGACGGGGGAGCAGCGAGUGGAGACGGAUGAGGCGCUUCCCCACAUCGGACUUCGACUCCGUCGUGGCCCGGCAUGUUGCGGCGGCGCUACGGCGGGACAACUCACCCGAGGAUGCGGAGCCAGAUGCAGAGGCCCGGGCGACGACGCCGGAAAGGACACGGCCGAGACCGGCUGGAUGGAGCUCCGUGCCCAGCCAGGAUGGGGAGCAUCGCAGCUUCAAGAUGCCAGUGGAUCUGGUCAUCAAGCACAUGAGGUCGGAUGACGGCACCGAGGACGACUCAAUCACCCUGCAAACCUUCGAUUUUGCGGGACAGGAGGAAUACCACAUGCUCCACCACCUCUUCUUGAGUAACAAGGGCUUGUACCUCGUCGUAUUUGACCUCAGCCUGUGGGCCGACGAGUCCGGCGACGACCGAACAUCUGAGGAAGCCCUUACUUUCUGGAUCUGUUCGGUUCACUGCCAUGCUCCUGAGUCGCGCAUGCUGCUGGUGGGUACGCACGUGGACAUGCUCGGAGCCCACAAGAUGGCUAUUCUCGAGAAGGUCGACCGGCGAAUCCACGAGCUGCUGGAGAGAAACCAAGCGCUCAAUGAGCAGCUUGUUGUGAACACGGCGGAAGAGCUGUGCUUCUUCCCCAUCGACAAUCGGCGACGCGGCCGACAGUCCGUGGAGUCCCUACGCGUCAAGAUUGAUGAGACGGCAGCGGAGAUCUGUACAACUGGCUUCUUGUCAAAGGCGCUUCCGCUCUACUGGCUUCGCUACCAGACAGAGCUGAUCCGUUUAGCCCGGGCGGGGCCAGAUCGCUUUUGGGGAACUGCCAGCGUCGAGGGCACCAUGCCAGCUGCAGGCGCAUCCUCGUCCGGGCCGCCAAAGCCGGUGCACGCGCUGCCAUUCUCACAGGUGUCCCGUCUGGGCCGGGCGGUAGGAAUUCAUGACGAAGGGGAGUUACUCUCGGUGUUGAUCUACCUACAUGACACAGGAUCCAUCAUUUUCUUCGACGAGGAGAAGCUGCGGGACUGCGUCGUGCUAGACCCAUACUGGCUUGCUGAGGCUGCAGCCAACAUCUUCAAUUGCCCUCGGGUGGUGCAAGGUCGGUCAGCCUCUGCAAGGCGGCUCCUCGAGCGGGGCGAGCUCCACGUAGACCUCCUGCGACAGCACCUCUGGCGGUCGGAAAGGUUCGUGGACCACAUCCCAGUUCUCAUCAACUUGAUGCUGCGCUUCGAUCUGCUGGUCUCCUCCUCGGACCAGGAUGUCUUCGUGGUGCCCUUCUUGCUGCCCUUCAAGACAGGAGGCUACGAGCCCCCCGGCGAGGGCUCCCUUUCCUUCGACUUCCACGGCAUGCUCACGAGGUUGCUUCCGACGGUCUUCCCGAGAUUGAUCGCCAGCGCUGCCAAGAUGCCAUCGCUUCGGCUGACGCACUCCCGGGUCUACAAGGACAGCUGCACCAUCUUUCUUGGAACGCGGCGCCUUGCCUUUGAGCUUCUCCCACCGGGGCGGCCGGAGAUGAUCGCGGUGAAGCGGCUGGCAGGCAGCGAGGAUGGAGCCGAGUCGGAUGGCGACGAGUCGGGUGGCUUGCAGCUGCCGCUCGACCUCGCGAAGCAGGUCAUCGGCCUGGUCCACGAGAGCACGUCCGAAUGGCUCCCGCACCUGUCUUUCACCGCAGGAGUGCUCUGCCCUCAUUGCCACCGCAGCGGGGCUCCGCACGUGAUCGAUGUCAGUGAACUCUCGGAGGUCGUGAUCUGCAGCCGCACGCAUGAGCCUGUGACCCUGGCGAAGGCUGGCUGGGCAUUUCGGUGGCGACAAGAGGUGCUGACCUCAGGGGGCGCGUCCAGGAAAUCCAGUGAUGUCGUACUGGAAGUCGAUGUCGAGGAGGAGCUUCGGCCGACUGCAGAAGCAGCGGACCCAGAGCCACCGGAGCCGCCGGCGAAGCUGGCGCGGCCACCCUCGCUACCCGGCGUGGAGCGGCGGACGGUGCCCAUCCCCAUCGUGACGAGCAGCGAGGCCUUGCCUGCGCCUUCUCCCGGCUCGCCUCAUCCUGGCGAGGAGACUCCUGCAUCUCCGAGCAUGGCAGAUCAGGUGGGCUUGCUCUACUUCCUCUAUGCCUCGCCUUUGACCGUGGACACCAUCGACGUCCGCGCGGAGCUUCAGCUGCUGAGGGAGGCACUGCGUGCUGGGCAGACCACCGGAGGCGAUCAGAACGAGUUCAAGCUGGACUUUAAGGUGGAGCUAGACAUUCGUCUUGGCCUGUCCUCCACCCUGCUGGAGCUCCUAGCACAUGGCGACAGCGCUUGGCCGAACUCCCCGGUAUUCCUUCACUGUGCCAUGCACGCGGGCUACGCCGCCAAUGGCGGGUCGCUCGAGCCUUUCCUCCUGCUGGAGGACGAGGUGGGCUGCUCUCAGCCGCUGCCCCGUUGGCGACUGCUGCAAUGGCUCCGGCAAAGCCAGGACCAAGGCCGGAAGUGUCCGCUCAGCGCGGUUUUUCUGAACUGCUGCGACUCUGAAGGCAUUGCAGGUGCCUUCAUGGAAGCUGGUGUGCCGCAUGUCAUCUGCUGCCGCGGCCGCGUCUUCGACGGGGCUUGCAAGACCUUCACCAAGGCAUUUUACCGAGCUCUGGCAGCAGGGAGACAGGUUUUCUCUGCGUACGAGUAUGCACGCGAGAGCGUAGCUACCGCACCGCAGGCGGGCUUGCGUGCAGAGGCGCCGAAGUUCCUGCUGCUGCCAAGGCAAGAGGAUGUGCUCCGCUACCCAGGGUUAUCAGUGGCUCCCAUGGCACGGCACUACGGCGCCACAUUGCAGCUUCUGACUGCGCGGGUUCUGGAUGGCCGGCAGCUGGGCAAUGCAGCCUCGGCGCUCCAGUGGAUGGGCGCUGGAGGGAGCGAGACGUCCAAGAGCGUACUGCCAGGACGCCAUCAGCACUUCCUUGGGCGAGCGCAAGAGAUGGUGGAGAUGGCCAGACACCUCAGUCGUGGUGGCGAUCGGCAUGCUCGUGUCGUCAAUGUUUGGGGCAAGGCAGCGGGGCUUGGCAAGACAGCGAUGCUGGCGGAAUUCACUCGUUUCUGCAACUAUCCUGGCCGACUCUUCGAGGGUGCCUCCAUCUGGGUCACGCUGACACUGCAGUCACCGACGGACACCUUGUCAGGACCUCUCAGCUUGGAAAGGGCCACCAGCAAUGCCUCCAACUCUGAACGCGGGCAUCUUUUCUUGGAGCAGGUCUCCCAAGCUGUGACCGACUUCAUGGAGCAAGUUUACGGACGGAAGUCUCACUUCGAGAACUUGCGGGAGGGCCUUCUGUGGGCGCUGAGGAGGUUGGAUAUCCAGGGCCGCACUCUUCUCGUGCUUGAUGGCAUCGAGGACUGGGUGGACAGUUCAGCGGUCAGGGGGCUCCUGGCGGACAUGCUCCAAGCCACUGAGCGACUCUGCCUCCUCUUCGGCAGCCGGAUCCAUGUGCAGAAUUCCUUCGCGGGCCUGAAGACGGACAACCUGGAGCUUCGACCGCUGCAGGCGCGCGACGCCGCGCAGCUCUUCCUCUUCCGAGUGCACCGCCAUCUCUACUGGAAGGACAUUUGGAAGAACAAGGAGGAGUGGAUGUCCAAAGCCAAGAACUGGUACGGGGACGCUGUCUACAGCAAGGUUGCUGACCGGUCGCAGCUGGAAACUGGCGAAGUUCCCAUUGCCUUGCAACGCGAGAAUCGGGAGGAGGUCCUAGAUGCGCUGGCAGCAAUGCCGUUGCUGUCGGAGUUCUGCCAAGGCAUCCCUCUGAGGAUCCAGCAAACGGCGGAGCGAGUGACUGCCACUUUGCCCUGCCUCUGGGACCUGCACGCACAGCUCCGCUCAGAGCGCGAUCGCGGUCGUGCCGAGAUCCAGCAGCGACUGUUGGCGAAGAAGGCGACGAUGAGGCCGGGCGCCCGUCAGAUCGGCAGCGCCUGGCAGCUCGGGAAGGUGAUUGGUCAGGGAGCCCACGGAGUGGUCUAUCACGCUUUGGAUUCGGCUUCAGGCGAGUCCUUUGCCGUGAAGGUCGUGGAGGAGUCUAAAGAGCUUCACCAGGAGCUCGAGAUGCUCCAGUCUCUGGAACACGAGCACAUCGUGAGCUACCUUGGCCAUGAAAUCCACGACCGGCAGCUCUACAUCUUCUUGGAAUACAUGCCGGAAGGCACUCUCAAGGACAAGAUAGAGGAGUUUGGUGCUUUUCAGGAGGAUCUUUGUGCUGCUUUGGGCGAACAGGUGCUGAAAGGCUUGGAAUACCUACACGAGCAGCAGGUCCUGCACCGAGAUUUGAAGUGCAGCAACCUUCUGCUUGAUGUCUCGGGGAGAGUCAAAAUUUCCGACUUUGGCUGCUCACGCUGGAUCGCAAAGGAGGUCCUGGCGAUGUCUUUGGUCGGAAGUCCAUUCUGGCUCCCGCCCGAGCUGCUCAUCGGUGCUCCCUACGACCAGAGUGCCGACAUUUGGUCUUUCGGCUGCUCUGUCAUCGAGCUCUUGACGGCUCUGCGACCUUGGGCAACCCAGGUCACUGCCGACAAUCCCCUCGCUGCUGCGCAUCAGAUUCGUGUCCUGACGGAGAAGGGAGAGAGGCCCUCGCUCCCUGAGUCUUCCAUGUACAUCUCGGAGCCUUGUCGCGACUUCCUCUACACUGCCUGCCUGCGCUGCGCAGCCACGGAGAGACUCCCGGCCAAAGAUCUCCUGCAGCAUCCAUGGCUGCGCCGCAAAUGA